CUUUGUCCUAAAGGACUUGUUCAUUCUUCAACAACAGGCAACAGCUAUUGCCCUUGCGUGACUUGCCGUUAUAAACGCAUCUCUUGCUUCUCUUCUCCCGUAAAAACAAACCAUCAAAGCGUCAUCAUUUAAGUCUCAUCUUUUCUCUCCUCCUUUUAAUGUUUUAUGUUGGCUUUUCUUUCUAUCUUUUCUUUGGUCUUUCUCUUUCUUUUCUUUCUCUCUCCCUCAUUUGUUGAAUAAACUCUUGUGCUUGGUAGGUUGUGCCGUUGAGUGAGAUGGGCCCUUAACUCCACUGAAACAUUUUAAUGGGACUCUAUCUCCUCUUUCAGUGCUCUCUUUGCCCCCAUUUUGUUUGCUGUCUCGCAUUUUAAGUUUUCCUUUUUGCCAAUUUCUCUAUCUUUUUUUUUUCCUUCUUAAAUGAGAAAAAGAUAAGAUUCUGGGGCAUCUGUUUUCUCCCUUAUGAGGCCAUGGAAGGUUGUUUUAUGGGGUUUUUGUGUUUGGGUUUUUGAUUUUACACACUAGUUUUGCAGAUUAUCUGGUAAAAAUGUUGGAUUUAUCUGGUAUUCAAAACUUUGGCUGACUGGCUUUUGAGCGCUGAGCCCCCUUUCACUCUGGCAAAUUUCCUUCUUUUUGAGAUUAUCGAGGUGAUUGAUGGUUAAGGUUUAGGUCUUUACAUUUAGGAUUUUCAUUCAAGCUGUGAAUUUUGGAAAGACUAAGAGGCAUUUCCUUGUUCUGUAUAGAUCUCGGAGAUUGUUCUUUCGAAAAUGGAAAACUUUGAUGUGAAGUGGUGAUGAGAGUGAAUUUGUGAUUUGUAAUUUAUGUUUGUUGGGUGAAAGAAUGAUGAUUGAGAGAUAGGGCUUGAUUCUGGAGGUGGGUUGUGGUGAGUUUGGUGUUGGCUAGUUGUUGAACGAGGAAAGCAUGGACAGAAUGAUUCAACCUCCUUUGGUUGAUACAACCGCUUGUUUAUGUAGAGUAGAUGCUGGACUCAAAUCUGUUGCUGGGGCAAAAAAAUAUGUACCUGGUACAAAGCUCUGUCUUCAACCUGAUAUUAAACCAUCUAUUCAUCCAACAAGGAACAAGCCAGCACGCAGUGAUAGGAGCCGUUACCAAUCGCCUCUGCUCCCAGGACUCCCUGAUGAUCUUGCUAUUGCUUGCCUAAUACGGGUGCCCAGGGUUGAGCACAGAAAGCUCCGUCUGGUCUGCAAAAGAUGGUAUAGACUUUUGUCUGGCAACUUCUUUUAUUCUCUCCGUAAGAGCCUUGGAAUUGCUGAAGAAUGGAUUUACGUGAUUAAGAGAGAUCGGGAUGGAAAAAUUUCUUGGCAUGCCUUUGAUCCCAUAUACCAGCUCUGGCAGCCUCUCCCUCCAGUCCCUAGGGAAUAUUCUGAAGCCCUUGGGUUUGGAUGUGCUGUCCUCAGUGGUUGUCACCUUUAUUUGUUUGGUGGUAAGGAUCCAUUAAAGGGAUCAAUGCGACGAGUCAUAUAUUAUAGUGCCAGAACAAAUAAAUGGCACCGUGCCCCAGAUAUGCUUCGUCGAAGACAUUUCUUUGGUUCAUGUGUUAUAAACAAUUGCUUGUAUGUUGCUGGUGGAGAGAAUGAGGGGGUACAUCGGUCAUUGAGGUCAGCUGAAGUCUAUGAUCCCAACAAGAAUAGAUGGUCUUUUAUUUCAGAAAUGAGCACAGCAAUGGUGCCCUUCAUUGGGGUUGUAUAUGAGGGGAAGUGGUUCUUGAAGGGGCUUGGACCUCACCGACAGGUGCUGAGCGAGGUCUACCGACCAGAAACUGACAGCUGGUACCCUGUCUAUAAUGGAAUGGUUGCAGGCUGGAGGAACCCAUGUGCCUUCUUAAACGGGCACCUUUAUGCUUUGGACUGCAAGGAUGGUUGUAAGCUUAGGGUUUAUGAUGAAUUGACUGAUUCUUGGAGUAAGCAUAUUGACAGUAGGAUACAUUUGGGCAAUUCUCGAGCUUUGGAGGCGGCAGCUCUUGUUCCACUUAAUGGAAAACUUUGCAUUAUUCGGAAUAAUAUGAGUAUAUCCCUGGUUGAUGUUUCAAAAUCUGAUGGUCUGAGGGGAGCUACUGCUGAACAUUUAUGGGAAACUAUAGCAGGGAAAGGUCAUUUCAAGACCUUGGUUACAAAUCUUUGGUCUAGCCUUGCUGGCAGGAACCGGCUUAAAAGCCACAUAGUUCACUGCCAGGUUCUCCAAGCAUAAUGACUGUAUAUUUUUCCAAUAUAGGAUUGGCUCUGUAGUUCAUGCCUUCUGGUAUCUCUUGAAUGUGAUGGGGUUGAGGAGCCAAUAGCUUGCCAGAAUGUUGCUUCUCAUGCACAUAAAUCCUUUGUUGUAGGUUCUUAUCAAUGUCAAAGGAUCGGAUAUACCAUGAGGCAUGGGUGGUAUCAAUGAGGAUUUCUGUUUUUGCUAGGUUGUUAGUGUUACAAAUAUUUAUAUAAUACACAGUUGUUACUUGUAGAAAA